ACUGGUGUCCGUAAAUUCUUACGGAUGGAUCUCAUUGGUUGUCGAGAAGAUGAUGUUGUCUCUAGUUCUCUGAUGUGAUUGGUUCUCUCGCCUAGCGGCAUAUCAGACAUGAGCGGCGGUGGCGGUUUGGGCGAAGCCGGGAGUUCAAUAGCAGCCGCUACUACCGCAGAAGGAGCUCUCUUGCUGGGCGGUGGCGCCGGGCCCCCGGUGGAGGUCCAGGGGAUGGUUGGGUUACAGGGAGGGGGUAAAGUGGUGACGGUGCCAGUGGCAGGGCCGCCUAGUGCUGCUGACGUGACGCACGUUCUCUCGGAGCUCCAUUCAGACGCUGCACUGGGCUCCGUACUGCAGCCAACUCCAUUCACCAGUGAAGAGCUGAGUGGGGUGAUUGGCACGGCAGCUGGAGUGACCUCUGACCCCGAGAGCCUACGGUUCCAGUUCCCCAUGGAAGACCACACCUCUCCCAAGAAGAAAGCCACACCCACUGUCUACCGCGAGCAGGAUCGUUUCCUGCCCAUCAACAACGUUUCCCGGGUGAUGAGGAAUGCAAUCCCCCGCAACGGGAAAGUGUCUAAAGAUGCAAAGGAAUGCAUGCAAGAAUGCGUGUCGGAAUUUGUCAGUUUCAUAACCAGCGAAGCGGCUGAUCGGUGCUCACAGGAGAAGAGAAAGACGCUAACCGGAGACGACAUUCUCUUUGCCAUGGCAAACCUCGGCUUUGACAACUACAUACAGCCAAUGAAACUAUACCUCCAGAAAACCAGAGAGUAUAUGAAAGUGGAGAAGACAGUUGCACCGAGUGUGGCCGGCCAGAGGACCAUGUUGCAGGACUCAGUCGCCAAUCCUCCUGUUCCGACCGAGGAGACAAAUCUAAUUCUGCAGCCUCCUCCACCUCCUCUCCCUCCCUCCUCCUCCAUUUCCCCUCUCUUCAGCCCCUCAGUGGCAAGUUCUCCCUCUCCUAUAUACACACUGUCCAAAGGGGAACCUCCAAAUAGAGGACAGAGUAAUGGGACCAUGGAAAUUGCAGAGUCGUGACUUUGCUGGAGAUCUGAAUUCUUCAUUACCAGACUCCUCCCAGUGGGCGUGGUCACCCUCACUUCAGCCCCAUAACACACACACUAUUGAACACUCUAUUUACACAGUUCGAGAACAAGUAAAAUUGAAAUGCAAUUGGUAUCAAUUUUAGUCAUUGU